AUGCCAAGGAGGGAAGGCAGAUUUGUUUUCAUUGGGCUUCUCUUCUCUGAGAAAGAAAAAAUGGCUGCCUCUGCUUCAAACCCAAAAACCUCUUACCAUGCUCGCACUAACAGCUUGCCUUCCAGACCACACCCUCACAUUCCACUAGUCCAAGAACAUUUAUGCAGAUUGAAGGCUUCUGAAGCUACCUCUUCAUCAUCACCAUCAUCAUCAUCGUUUAGCCGCAACAUAGCUGGCCUUCAAGAUUUGCAUGAUUGUAUCGAAGAAUUGCUUCUGCUACCAUAUAAUCAACAAUCUCUUGCCCAAAAGCAGCAUGAGAGAUGCAUUAACGAGCUUUUAGACGGAUCUCUUCAGCUCUUGGAUUUGUGUACUACGGCUAAGGAUGCCCUGUUGCAAACAAAGGAAUGCAUACAAGAACUUCAAUCAAUUAUGCGAAGAAGACGGGGAUGUGAACUUGCUCUUGCAAGUGAGGUUAGGAAAUACUUGACCUCCAGGAAAGUGAUGAAGAAGGCAGUGAGCAAAGCCUUGAAUAACUUGAAGGGUAUGAAAAAUAAAUGCCCCUUUUGCCCACCCAACACAGAAAAUGAGAGUACUAUAGCCUUGUUUAGCAUCUUGAGAGAGGUGGAAACAUUCACUGUCACUGUGUUUGAAUCUUUGUUGUCCUUUAUCUCUGCACCGAAGACACAAUCAAAGCCAAGUGGAUGGUCUUUGGUGUCCAAGAUAAUGAACAGCAAAAGAGUAGCUUGUGAGGAAGAAGCAACAGAAGCAAACGAAUUCACCAAGGUGGAUGCAGCAUUACUCUCAGUUCUCAUGACAAGAAAAUUUGAUGACAAGCAUGUUGAGAAUGUGCAAAUUCAGCUCAAAGAAUUGGAGAUGUCCAUGCAAGUUCUUGAAGGAGGACUUGAGUGCCUGUUUAGGCGUUUAAUCAAAAACAGAGUUUCUCUUCUCAACAUUCUUUACCAUUAG